AUGACUGUACAAAUUCCCAAAUUACUAUUCUUGCAUGGUUUCUUGCAAAACGGUAAAGUUUUCUCGGAAAAAUCUUCUGGUAUUAGAAAACUACUGAAGAAGGCUAAUGUGCAAUGUGAUUAUAUUGAUGCGCCAGUUCUUCUGGAAAAGAAAGAUUUGCCAUUUGAAAUGGAUGAAGAUAAAUGGCAAGCCACUCUAGAUGCGGAUGUUAACAGAGCGUGGUUCUAUCAUAGCGAAAUCUCCCACGAAUUGGACAUCUCUGAAGGUUUGAAGUGUGUUGUCGACCACAUCAAGGCCAACGGCCCAUACGACGGUAUUGUCGGCUUCUCCCAAGGUGCUGCAUUAUCCUCCAUCAUCACCAACAAGAUCUCCGAACUAGUUCCAGAUCAUCCGGAAUUUAAAGUCAGCGUCGUUAUCUCUGGCUAUUCUUUCACUGAACCAGACCCAGAACAUCCUGGCGAACUAAGAAUAACCGAAAAGUUCAGAGACUCAUUCGCGGUAAAGCCUAACAUGAAGACGAAGAUGAUCUUCAUCUACGGUGCUUCCGAUCAAGCUGUCCCAUCUGUUAGAUCCAAGUACUUGUACGAUAUUUACCUGAAAGCACAAGAUGGUAACAAGGAAAAGGUACUAGCUUAUGAACACCCUGGUGGUCAUAUGGUUCCAAACAAGAAAGAUAUUAUCAGACCAAUUGUUGAGCAAAUUACCUCUUCCUUGCAAGAAGCUUCUGAAUAA